UUCAACCAGGAAGAUCAGAUGCGCUGUUUUUGCUUUAUUCGACUUUAGUUUUUGAGAACCUACACUUGGGCAGCUCUGACGUAGAAUUAUAAUGUCUGGCCUCGUUGAGUCCUCGCUUGGAAAAGAAGAAAAUCUUCACCAACAGAUUCUGGCCUCAUUUCCUCUCUGUGACCUGGUGGAGAACGACCUGACCCAGAACCCCCAGUUCUGCAAACUCCUGACCACUCUCUCACAACAUAUAGAUGAAACUGGACUUACUGUGUCGCUGAAAAAUGAGCUGGAGAAGGCAGAGCAGAAGCUGCAGACUCAACGGCGCCAUUGGCUGCGUUCUGAGGUUCUCUACAGGAGUCUGCAGGAGAUGAUCCAAGAAUGUUGUGUCAGAAAGCACCACGACACUCUGUCACUAGAUCAGAAACAACUCUGUGAGACGGUUGAGAGGAGUCUCCUGGUGGCUCGGUGUGUACGACACCUGGAUCUCAGUAACACUACUGAGCAGAAUCAGCCUAAUAUUCUGGGAUUGGACCGCCAGCAAGUGAUGGAGUUGAUGCCUUCAGAGAGAGAGGUCCAGAGGAUGAAACAGGAUCUACCCAAAGAACUGGAGAAACACCUGAAGAAGAAAUGCCUGACUCUCCUCUGCUACUAUCAGCCUGAGUGUGAGGGUGACAGCGAAGCUCAGAAAAUCAGCAGAGUGUCUCAACUAUCUGCUCAGCUGGAAAAGGACAAGAAGAAAACAGAGACACUGAGGGAGACAAGCCGACACACCAGAGUCCUGCUUCAGAGACAGAUGCAUCUCUACCUCUCUGAGCUGCUGAAGUGUGUACAGAUUCUGCAGGAUCUGAUCCUGGACCACAGACUGAAGAUCCAAACAGACCUAGAGAAGAAGAAACUGGAAUACUUGGAAGGAAAAUGUGAAUUAGUUCUACAAAAGAUCACGUCAGAGAUGGUUGAAGUGCAGUUGGAAACAUACAGCACAGACACGAUUUCUGCCCACAGGAAGAUCAGGGGGCAGCUAGAAUCUGAGCUAAAGGCCUAUCAGGAGGAGAAGCAGUCAGUCGAGCAAAAGCUUGCCUCCUUUGAGAUUUUGGGGAAAGAGUUUGAAGCUCUGGCAGAGGAGUACUGCCGUCUGCAGCGAGAAAUCGAUAUGAAGAAGUGGGCACUGAAGGAACUUUGUUAGAACUAAAGUGUGAUACUGAGUCUCUUCAUUUAUUUCUGCAAAUAAACAUUGUG